AUGUCCAGCCUCAACCUCAAAACCACAAACGGCGCGUUAAGCGGCACAUUACGGUAUGGCUUCGUUGGGCUUGGGGUCAUGGGUCAUGGAAUGGUACGCAAUAUACAUGCUAAGAUGCCAGCCACGGCGAAAUUGGUCGUGUGCGAAAUCAAUCAAGCAAGGCUUGAACAGUUUCUCCAGGAGAGCCAUUCUUCAUACCCUGAGAAGACUGUCGAGGUAGCGAACACACCCAUCGAAGUUUGUAACCGGGCAGAUAUCAUCAUCACGAUGCUUCCCAAGUCGAUACAUGUGGUUGAAACGUUCACGGAUGGGACUAGUGGAUUUCUCUCUUCAGCAUCUCCAGAUUCGACAACAAAACACCCAUCGACAACAGCCGAAUCAGUGACCCCUCGCCCACCGUUGGACAAACUCUUUCUCGACUGCUCAUCGAUAGAUGUUGCAACUUCAACAAAAAUUGGGAACUUGGUCGCUUCAUAUAGUAAAGGAUCUUGGAAGUUCGUUGAUGCUCCAGUGUCAGGGGGGCCGGCAGGCUCUGAAGCUGGGAACUUGACGUUUAUGGUUGGUCUUGAGCAAGCCGAGAAUCCUGAAUUGCUUAAGAACACCAUAUAUCCAACCCUUUCAAUGAUGGGGCCCGUCAAUCACAUCUAUCUGUGUGGUCAGGCCGGCGCUGGACUCGCUACCAAACAACUUAACAACUACCUCGCCUACGUUGGAUACCUUGGACUCUGCGAAGUCAUGAAUACAGGCACUCGAUAUGGUUUGGACCCUGCCACGUUAUCUGCGGUCCUCAACGCCAGUUCGGGAAUGAAUUGGAACUCGCUUCAUCACAAUCCUGUCAAAGGUGUGAAUCCUACAGCGUCUUCGGCGAACGACUUCAAAACAGGUUUCACUGUGGAAUUAGCCGGAGGUGUUAUUGAUGAUGCUGUGACGUUAAUGGAACAGGUUGGUGCCGUGACUGUACUCGCGAAACCUACAAAGGAUGUUUUUACGAAAGCCAGAAACAGUGCGAAGUGCAAAGGUAUGGAGGCGAGAAGCGUUUGGAGGCUGUUUUCCGAGAACGAAGGGAAGGAUUUAGUCAACAAUACAUACUGA